UGUGUGUGUGUGUGUGUGUGCGUGCGUGUGUGUGAUUAACCUGUCCCUCUCCCAUCAGGUUGAGUUAGAGAACAUGGAGUUGACCCAGGGCAUGUCUUCAGAGACUGCGGUGUCCUUUCUGUCUCGGCUCAUGGCCAUGGUGGACGUUCUGGUGUUCGCCAGCUCCCUCAACUUCUCUGAGAUAGAGGCUGAGAAGAACAUGUCCUCUGGAGGUCUGAUGAGACAGUGUCUACGACUGGUAUGUUGUGUAGCCGUGAGGAACUGUCUAGAGUGUAGACAGAGACAGAGAGAUAGAGAUAUUGGUUGUCUCUCCAAGUCUAACCUGCCCAGCAGCAAGUCACAGGACAGCCUACAGAGCUCUGCUGCAGCUAGCAAGGAUCCAGACAGACUUCUACAGGACGUUGACAUCAACCGCCUCAGAGCUGUCGUCUUCAGAGACGUGGAUGACAGUAAGCAGGCUCAGUUCCUGGCCCUGGCGGUGGUCUACUUCAUAUCUGUCCUGAUGGUGUCAAAGUACCGGGACAUCCUGGAACCACAGAGAGAGAUUGGCAGGUCAAGCAGCCUAUCAGGGAGGAGCAUCCGCCACGAGAUCAACUCCCCCACUAGUACAGAGCACCCGUCGUCCUCCUUUUCUGAGGGUGGCCGGGGGGAGAAGCAGACCCCCACCUCCAUGGAGGACUCUCCGUUGGCCUCUUUACCCCACACCGACUCAGGCAUCGGGGAGGAGGGCCACGGCCCUGGAGGUCUGAACGGAGCCGAGCUGGGCCUGGGGCUGGGGAUGGCAGGCAGGGAGACGGACAGAGAUAGACACAGAGAGAGGGAUGGAGGCGGAGGGGAUCUACUGUGUACCCUGUCAUCGGAGGUUAGGAGGUCAAGGGAGAGCUUAUUGGACUCUCCUCAUAACCCUAACUCCGCCUCCAAUCUUGGUCAAGCACCUCCCUCGUCGAUCUCAAGCAUCAGCCAGACUAACAAGGGCAUCAACGUCAAGGAGAUUCUGAAGAGCCUUGUGGCCGCGCCUCUGGACGGUGGGGAGGCGGGACAGGAAGUUGGUCCCACCCCCUACCACCCUGAUCCUGCCCUCAAGACACACCCCAUGCUGCCCAUGCAGUUCCACUCAUUCGACAGGUCUGUGAUGGUGCCAGUCAAGAAGCCCCCUCCCGGCACCCUGUCAGUCAACACUGUGGGCACGCCCACCACCAGCGGCGCGGCCACACCAGGAAGUACACCAAACAUCUUCGCUGCUGCCACGGCAACGCCCAAGAGCAUGAUCAACACCACAGGUGCCACUGACUCUGCCUCUUCUUCCUCUUCUUCUUCCUCAUCCUUCGUCAACGGUGCGACCAGUAAGAAUCUACCAGCCGUACAGACAGUGGCUCCCAUGACCGAAGACACCGUUGACAGCAUGAGUAUCACCACUAAGUUGGAGCGUGCCCUGGAGAAGGUGGCCCCCCUCCUGAGGGAGAUCUUUGUGGACUUUGCUCCGUUCCUCUCUAGGACCCUGUUGGGUAGCCACGGCCAGGAGCUGCUCAUUGAAGGUCUGGUCUGUAUGAAGUCCAGUACUUCAGUAGUAGAGCUGGUCAUGCUGCUCUGUUCUCAGGAGUGGCAGAACUCUAUCCAGAAGAACGCUGGGCUGGCCUUCAUAGAGCUCAUCAAUGAGGGAAGAUUGCUGUGCCAUGCCAUGAAGGACCACAUUGUGCGUGUGGCCAACGAAGCUGAGUUCAUCCUCAACAGACAGAGAGCUGAAGACGUACACAAACACGCUGAGUUUGAGUCUAACUGUGCCCAGUACGCUGCUGACAGGAGGGAGGAGGAGAGGAUGUGUGAUCACCUGAUCAGCGCUGCCAAGCACAGGGACCAUGUGACCGCCAACCAAUUGAAACAGAAGAUACUCAACAUCCUGACCAAUAAGCACGGGGCGUGGGGCACGAUGUCACAGAGCCAAUUACAUGACUUCUGGCGUCUGGAUUACUGGGAGGAUGACCUGAGGAGAAGGCGGAGAUGCGUACGGGAAACCCCUUGGCUCCACCCCCCUGACGUGUCACUCAAAGCCCUGGAGGACUAUGGUACUGAGGAGGAGGAAGAGGAGGGGCUAAAGUCUAAGAAGACGUUCCGCAGCCAGUCAGUGGUCAGUCAGAACCCGGAGGCGGAGCUUAUGCUGGAAGGAGAUGAUGACGCUGUCAGUCUGCUGCAGGAGAAAAGAGAUGGACAACCUGCAGGCCCUGUGGUGCUCAGUACUCCAGCCCAGCUGGUUUCUCCAGUAGUGGUGGUCCACGGGACUCUCUCCAUCACCACCACAGAGAUCUACUUUGAGGUGGACGAGGGCGACCGGGCUUCAAGAAGAUCCACACCGCAGGUCCUGGCCUACUCCGAGGGUCUACAUGGCAAGUGGAUGUUCAGUGAGAUCAGAGCUGUUUUCUCCAGAAGAUACCUGCUCCAGAACACUGGUCUAGAGGUCUUCAUGGCCAACCGCACGUCUGUGAUGUUCAACUUCCCCGACCAGGCUACAGUGAAGAGGGUAGUCUACAGCCUACCCAGGGUGGGAGUAGGAACCAGCUACGGACUGCCUCAGGCCAGGCGUAUCUCCUUAGCAACGCCUCGUCAGCUGUUUAAGUCGUCCAACAUGACCCAACGCUGGCAGAGGAGGGAGAUCUCCAACUUCGAGUAUCUCAUGUUUCUCAACACCAUCGCAGGUAGGAAGGUCUUCAUGUUUCUCAACACCAUCGCUGGUAGGAAGGUCUUCAUGUUUCUCAACACCAUCGCAGGUAGGAAGGUCUUCAUGUUUCUCAACACCAUCGCUGGUAGGAAGGUCUUUAUGUUUCUCAACACCAUCGCAGGUAGGAAGGUCUUCAUGUUUCUCAACACCAUCGCUGGUAGGAAGGUCUUCAUGUUUCUCAACACCAUCGCUGGUAGGAAGGUCUUUAUGUUUCUCAACACCAUCGCAGGUAGGAAGGUCUUCAUGUUUCUCAACACCAUCGCAGGUAGGAAGGUCUUCAUGUUCCUCAACACCAUCGCUGGUAGGAAGGUCUUCAUGUUUCUCAACACCAUCGCUGGUAGGAAGGUCUUCAUGUUUCUCAACACCAUCGCUGGUAGGAAGGUCUUCAUGUUUCUCAACACCAUCGCUG